AUGCGUGAAAAGGAAAUACCGUACACAGCAGUGAGCACCCCCAGUAAUAUGCUCUGGGAGUGGCUAGUAAUGCCACAAGGGCUUAGUAAUGCCCCUGCAACCUUCAACAGAUGUGUUACGAAUCUGUUGCGAUCGGUGCGCGAUUUCGCACCGAGUUACUUUGACGAUGUCUUCGUCCAUAUCCGGGCUAUGGAUGGGAAGACGGAAGUGGAGAUUCAUAGAAUCCACGUCCAGAAGGUUCUUACACUUAUGCGAGAGCAUAAGUUGCUCGCGAACAUCAAGAAGUUUAUCUUCGCAGAGAACGAGAUACCACUUCUUGGCUGCAUCGUGGGUAAACACGGCGUGCUCCCUAAUCUAGAAAAGAUCAAGGCGAUUAGCGACUGGCCUGUUCCAGUUGACGUCAAGGGACUUCGGAAGUUCCUUGGCUUGGUGGCGUACUUGCUCAAGUACUCGCGCAACUAA